GCGGAGCCGCGCCCCGUGCCGCGAUGAGCAAAUGAGCGCGAGCGGGGGCACGAGAUGUCAGUUCCACUCUGGGGAGAAAGUGCUGUGCUUCGAGCCUGACCCCACCAAGGCGCGAGUGCUGUACGAUGCCAAGAUUGUCGAUGUUAUUAUUGGGAAAGACGAGAAAGGCAGGAAGAUUCCAGAAUAUCUGAUCCAUUUUAAUGGUUGGAACCGAAGUUGGGACCGAUGGGCCGCUGAAGAUCAUGUACUUCGGGACACCGACGAAAAUCGGAGAUUACAGCGCAGAUUGGCAAGAAAAGCUGUAGCUCGCUUGAGAAGCUCAGGACGGAAGAAGCGGCGCUGCAGGUUGCCGGGUGUGGAUUGUGUCUUAAAAAGCCUUCCUGUUGAAACUGAUGAAAACGAUGAAAACUCAAUAAGCACUUCCUCUGAGGACAGUAGUGAAGAAAAGGAUGAAGAAAUAAGUGAAGAAAGUGAUAUUGAAGGAAAGAGAGAAGUGAAGGAAGAACCAGAGCUGCACCCUAAAAGGGAGAUGGAAGAGAGAAGCAUAACUAUAGAGAUCCCCGAGGUUCUGAAGAAGAAGCUGGAAGACGAUUGUUACUAUAUCAACAGGAGGAAACGGUUAGUGAAACUUCCAUGCCAGACCAACAUCAUAACUAUUUUGGAAUCGUAUGUGAAGCAUUUUGCUAUAAAUGCAGCCUUUUCAGCCAGUGAGAGGCCUCGUCACCAUCAUGUUAUGCCACACUCCAACAUGAAUGUGCAUUAUGUCCCUGCAGAAAAGAAUCAGGGCAAUCGUCCUCGUAAUCUGCUUUGCACACGUGACCCAGCUGGAGGCGAGUCAGACAGUGUUGACCUUUGUAAGGAGAUGGUGGAUGGAUUACGAAUAACCUUCGAUUAUACUCUUCCGUUGGUUUUGCUCUAUCCGUAUGAACAAGUUCAGUAUAAAAAGGUGACCUCAUCCAAAUUUUUUCUUCCGAUUAAGGAAAGUGCCACAAACUCUAAUAGGAACCAGGAGGAGCUCUCUCCUAGCCCCCCUCUGUUGAACCCGUCCACGCCGCAGUCCACGGAGAGCCAGCCCACGUCGGGGGAGCCCGCCACCCCCAAGAGACGCAAAGCCGAGCCCGAAGCCCUGCAGUCUCUGAGGCGCUCCACGCGCCACUCGGCCAGCUGCGACAGACUGUCGGAGAGCAGUGCGUCGCCACAGCCCAAGCGCCGGCAGCAGGACACGUCCGCCAACAUGCCCAAACUCUUCCUGCACCUGGAGAAGAAGACACCCGUGCAUAGCAGAUCUUCCUCGCCUGUUCCUCUGACUCCGAGCAAGGAAGGGAACACUGUGUUUGCUGGCUUUGAAGGCAGAAGAACUAAUGAAAUAAAUGAGGUACUUUCCUGGAAACUUGUGCCUGAAAGUUACCCCCCGAGUGACCAGCCGCCUCCAGCCUCAUUUAUUUAUGGGGCACAACACUUGCUGCGAUUGUUCGUGAAACUUCCGGAAAUUCUUGGGAAGAUGUCCUUCGCCGAGAAGAAUCUGAAGGCUUUAUUGAAGCACUUUGAUCUCUUUCUGAGGUUUCUAGCUGAGUACCAUGAUGACUUCUUCCCAGAGUCUGCCUACGUGGCCGCCUGCGAGGCGCACUACAGCACCAAAAACCCCAGAGCGAUCUACUGACGUUUCGGGGUUCUGGAACAAUUGCUUCUCUCCUAGCUUUGUAGAGAGCUAGGAGUUGGUGGACCUUCCUUCCACAGUGGCUGGGGUGGGGACGGGGGGCUUCCAGUAGGGGCAGGCCCAUUUGUUUGAGUUGUUUUCAUAUUUAAAUGUUUUCUUUCGGGGGGGCACAGUACCCGGUAGUGCUCAGGACCUCUCCCGACAGUGCUCGGGGGAUCAUACGGUGCUGGGGAUUGAAUCCGGGCCUCCCACAUGUGAAGCAUGUGCUCUAGCCCUUUGAUCCAUCUCCCUUCCUGAAGUUAUUUCUGUUACGGAUUACUUCCUGGGUGCCUGAAAGGGCUCUAAUAUGUGACCUCUGCCAUUGUAUUCAUGAAAACUGUAAUGGCAGGAAAAGAGCUAUACUGAUGCAUAUACAUUUUACAGAAUGGAAUUGCAUACAGUAGACUAUUUCAGUAGUUGUUAGUUAUUUGUUAGCGAUAAUAUUUUAUAGUUAUUUGUUAGCAGCAACUAGAAUUCAUUUACAAACUCCUUGGCUGUGUAACUGCCCAGCAAUUUGCAGUUUUGCUUAGAAAUCGCAGUGUACUACCAACAUACCUUGGAGUUGAUACUGAUAGCAAAAAAUCCAUAAAGCUAUCCAUUUAUUUGCUUGUUACAGUUCAUCUUCUGUAAAACUUUAUUUUUACCGAUUUAAAUAAAGCUUUGCUUGUGUUGGA